CCUUACCUUAGUAGAUCUAAAACCCUAAAACCCAACUUGGGACUUCCGAGACUCGAAGCCUCUGCUUCUGCUUCCUUUGGCUUUAGCUAAACCCUGAAACCUACGGAGAAGUGACAUGGAAGCCACGGCCAUGGAUGUGGAGGAACUGCCUCAGUCCAAUCCAAAUUCCCUCAAUCGGGUCGGACUCAAAAACUCAAUCCAAACCAACUUCGGAGAUGACUACGUUUUCCAAAUUGUCCCCAAGAAUGAUUGGACUUCUAUGGCGGUCUCAUUGUCGACGAACGUAGUGAAGCUUUACUCACCAGUAACUGGUCAGUAUUAUGGAGAGUGUAAGGGUCACUCUGAUACAAUCAACCACAUUUCUUUCUCUGCUACAUCAACCCCUCAUGUCUUGAACUCUUGCUCCUCUGAUGGAACCCUUAAAGUUUGGGACACCCGUACAUUCAAAGAGGUUUCAUCCAUUAGUGCUGGUCCUUCACAAGAGAUCUUCAGCUUUUCGUUUGGAGGAUCCACUGGUAAUCUUUUAUCCGCGGGAUGUAAAUCACAGAUACUGUUUUGGGAUUGGAGGAACAAGAAACAAGUUGCAUGUCUAGAAGACUCCCAUGUUGAGGACGUUACUCAGGUACACUUUAUUCCCAGCCAGCCAAACAAGUUGUUAUCUGCUUCUGUUGAUGGAUUGAUAUGCAUAUUUGAUACAGACGGUGACAUCAACGACGAUGAUAACCUGGAGUCAGUGAUUAAUGUGGGAACUUCAAUUGGAAAAGUGGGGUUUUUUGGAGAUAAGUUUCAGAAAUUAUGGUGUUUGUCCCAUAUUGAAACUUUGAGUAUUUGGGACUGGAACGAUGCAAGAAAUGAAGGCGAUUUCCAGGAUGCUCGCUCAAUAGCCUCCAAGUCAUGGACUUCAGAUCAAGUUGAUUACUUUGUUGAUUGCCACUACUCAGAACAAGAGGAACGACUUUGGGUUGUCGGUGGCACAAAUUCUGGCAAUUUGGGUUACUUUCCUGUAAAUUAUAAAGGAGAAGCAGCUAUAGGUUCCCCUGAAGCGGUACUUAUGGGCGGACAUGGUGGCAUUGUUAGAAGUGCUUUGCCUGUAUCAAGCAUCUGCAGUGGACUGGAUCACAGUCCAGGCAUGUUCGGAUGGACAGGCGGUGAAGAUGGUCGCUUGUGUUGCUGGGUUUUAGAUGAUUCGUCACAAACAGAUCGGUCCUGGUUCUCAAGUGCAUUGGUUAUGAGAUCGCCCAAUACUCGCAAGAAAACUAGGCAUCAACCUUACUAGCAUCUACCCAUUUUUGCAAUCUUGUCAUUGGUUUUCCUUAACUUUUCAUGUAAUUUUUGAAUUUUAUAUUUAUUAUUAUUAAUAUGGUGUUUUAAAACCAUGCAUUAUCCUCUUCACCUUUGCGUGAGUUCACUGUAUAAUUAAUUGUCUUGUUUCAAUUACAAGUUAUAGACAAGAAUUUUA